UAAACAUAAAUCACUAUGACUGAUGACAAGACUGAAAGCUUCGUGGAAGGACCGUGACUUUAAUCCACGGAAAUAUGUUUUUUAAGUAUCUGAUUAGCCUCUUAUAUCUCACACAUCGAGGUACGCUGACGCUGCUGUCACCGCCAGUGAAUGUGACUGUAGAGUCAGUGAACUUGCAGAGCGAGCUGAGCUGGAGCUCUGUAACGAAUACUGAUAAUGUUCGGUAUACAGUGCAGUACCGAGUGAAUCGUGAGUUAUUUGGUAGCAACAAGGGAUCAAGUGACCAUGAUGAUUGGCUGGAAAUUCUGAACAACAUAACGUCGAGGCGGUGUAACCUGACCUUUGAUGUGUUCAUUAAUGCUACGCUGCGGGUCCGAGCACAGGAUGGAAACCAGAUCUCACCCUGGAGCCAGUCCAGACCGUUCAAGGCCAUAGACCAGAGCCUUUUCGGCCCCCCGAAUGUUACACUGUGGCCCAGACCCGAAAAGGGCAGGCUGGAUGUUCGCAUACGAGACCCCUUUGACAGGAAAGAUUUCUUGAACGGACUGAAGUACAGGCCCUACUACAAAAAAGCAACUGAUAGCAACUGGACGAUACAUAGUGACACCUUAUCCUCAGCGUCCAUUGAAAACUUAGAGGCGGGGCUAAACUACUGUGUGCAAGCUCGCUACGUCUGGCGCGACAAGCUCAGGCCGAACAGUAUCCCCAGCACGCCAAAGUGUGCCAUCAUUUCAGAGUCCGGUACGCUGACGCUGCUGUCACCGCCAGUGAAUGUGACUGUAGAGUCAGUGAACUUGCAGAGCGAGCUGAGCUGGAGCUCUGUAACGAAUACUGAAAAUGUUCAGUAUACAGUGGAGUUCCGAGAUGACCAUGAUGAUUGGCACGUUCUGGAAUGUUCGCCCACAACGUCGAGGCGGUGCAACCUGACCUUUGAUGUGUUCACUAAUGCUAUGCUGCGGGUCCGAGCACAGGAUGGAAACCAGAUCUCACCCUGGAGCCAGUCCAGACCGUUCAAGGCCAUAGACCAGAGCCUUUUCGGCCCCCCAAAUGUUACGCUGUGGCCCAGACCCGAAAAGGGCAGGCUGGAUGUUCGCAUACGAGACCCCUUUGACAGGAAAGAUUUCUUGAACGGACUGAAGUACAGGCUCUUCUACAAAAAAGCAACUGAUAGCAACUGGACGGUACAUAGUGACACCUUAUUCUCAGCGUCCAUUGAAAACUUAAAGGCGGGGCUAAACUACUGUGUGCAAGCUCGCUACGUCUGGCGCGGCAAGCUCAGGCCGAACAGUAUCCCCAGCACGCCAAAGUGUGCCAUCAUUUCAGAGUCCGGUACGCUGACGCUGCUGUCACCACCAGUGAAUGUGACUGUAGAGUCAGUGAACUUGCAGAGCGAGCUGAGCUGGAGCUCUGUAACGAAUACUGAAAAUGUUUGGUAUAGAGUGGAGUUCCGAGAUGACCAUGAUGAUUGGCACGUUCUGGAAUGUUCGCCCACAACGUCGAGGCGGUGCAACCUGACCUUUGAUGUGUUCACUAAUGCUAUGCUGCGGGUCCGAGCACAGGAUGGAAACCAGAUCUCACCCUGGAGCCAGUCCAGACCGUUCAAGGCCAUAGACCAGAGCCUUUUCGGCCCCCCAAAUGUUACGCUGUGGCCCAGACCCGAAAAGGGCAGGCUGGAUGUUCGCAUACGAGACCCCUUUGACAGGAAAGAUUUCUCGAACGGACUGAAGUACCGGCUCUACUACAAAAAACCAACUGAUAGCAACUGGACGCAGAUACAUAGCGACACCUUAUUCUCAGCGUCCAUUGAAAACUUAGAGGCGGGGCUAAACUACUGUGUGCAAGCUCGCUACGUCUGGCGCGGCAAGCUCAGGCCGAACAGUAUCCCCAGCACGCCAAAGUGUGCCAUCAUUUCAGAGUCCGAAAAUUCAAGAACAAUCCGGACUGUGUGGGUCACAGCACUGAUAAUUCUCCUGACAUUUGGGCUCUCACUCAUGUGCAUCUUCAUGGUCAACAGAAAUUACGAUAAAUUCAAGCAGGCCCUGCAGCCCCCAAUGCGGAUGCCAGAACACCUGUAUAAGUUCCUUUCUGGGGAAGAACAGUUUCUACAGCCCCCAGUGAGCAGCAGCUCCAGCAGCUCCAGCUUAGAGGAGGAGCCUUUGGACAAAAUCUCUCUGGUGACUAUCGAGUACCAAGGAGGGGGCGGAGGAGAAAUUAACCUCCAUACGUAGACGCACCUGAUCCUUAAGUGGAACCACCCUGCCCCGUGCCCCCCCCAGCCCCCACUCUCCAGAUCCAAUCACAGCUCGCUCCUCAGGGCUUCUCGGCCCCCUCCCAGAGUCCCAGGUGGGGA